AUGGAAAACAAAAAAGAAUUACAGGAGAAACAAUUGAGUUCCAUUAUUAUGGAUGGUGAUGAAAUUAUUGAAACUUCGUCAGAAGUUGUUAUUAGUGAAAACACUGAAUGCCAAAAGGAAAAAUUCUACGUAAAUGUCGAAAACUACAAGAAUACAUUGUCAUUACGCAUGAGAGAAAAAGCGAUGAUAACAAUACCAUUAUACAACAACAUUAUUAAUGCCUUAAAACAGAAAAAAUCUGGUAAAACGACAGGGAUUAAUGCUCAAUUUCAUUUAUGGUGCAGGAAGCAUUUUAAAAUUGAUUGUAGUGCUGGCACGGAAUUAUUAUGUUCAUCGAAAAACGGGAAUCGGAUAGCUGUAGUUGAAAAUUAUUAUCAAAUAUUACAAGAGGCUCAUGUUAAAACAGGUCAUGGUGGUCGAGACAAGAUGCGUCAUGAAGUCAUGCAACAUUAUAUUUGGAUCCCAUCGAAAAUCAUUGAUACGUUUCUUACUACAUGUGUGUCUUGUCAAGUACGAAGACCAAUAAAAUCACAUGUCAUUCCAACAGCAAUUGUAUCUCUCGGAUUCAUGACAAGACUUCAGAUGGAUCUUAUCGACAUGCGGACACGACCCGAUGGUGAAUUCAAAUGGAUUUUACACUGUCGUGAUCAUUUUACAAAAUUUUCUUGGGCAUACGCCUUACCAAGCAAGGAAGCUCGUUAUGUUGCCGAAAAUUUGAUUCAACUUUUCUUUCAAUUCGGUCCUAGUCAUAUCUUGCAGUCUGAUAACGGGAAAGAAUUUACUGCCCAAGUUAUCAAGAACUUGAAAAUAAUGUGGCCAGGGCUAGUUAUAUUGAAUGGACGUCCUAGGCACCCACAAUCGCAAGGCCUAGUUGAACGUGGUAAUUCAACUUUAUGUGAUAUACUUGGCAAAUUUAUGCAAGAUCGUGAUACAAAUCAUUGGGUGUCGUGUCUUUUACAAGCCACCUAUUCAAUGAAUACAAGUUUAGCACAAGGUAUCAAACAUACACCAUUCGAAGUGGUAUUUGGUCAAAAGCCACGUUUGAAUAUGACACUAUGGCAAUCAAUAUCGGAUCAAGGCAUAGAAGAUGAAGAGGAUUUACCACCAUCGAUUCGAAACCAACUAGAACAAUCAUCGGAUCUUAAUGCUCCAGAAGAUGAAAUUCCUGUCGUUACUGGCCCAUCAAACAAUUUACCAGCUGAUCAACAAAGAGGUUUAGAUUCUUCUGUUCAAUCAGAUGAUUUAACUCAAGAUAGAAAUAUCCAGGAAAAUACAUUCUGUGAAUCUAAUAUAGAGAAUCUAGGUCUUCCUGGUUUUCCACAUAACGAUAUUCGUUCAAAAGCAGCCGAUGUUUAUCUUGCACGAACAACUAGACAACAACUUGCACACAAGAUUCAUAUACAAUCAUUGAAUGACAAGUGUAACAUUGGUGAUUUUGUGGGAUUACGAAUAGAUAAAGUUGAUCGGACUAAUACUGAUCCAAAACUAUUACCAUGCGUGAUAAUUGCAAAAGAAGAAGAAAAGGUGAAACUUGCAUGUGUUUAUGGAGUCAUUAAUCAAUGGUGGUCGUUUACUUCUUUGGUCGGUUUAUCUGCUGUACCUCAUGAACUUACUCAUUUAAAACCGGGAGAUUUACAAGAGAUAUCAAUGAUUACUGCAUCGAAAUUAUAUGUCAGAGGAGCUGUCAAUGGAAAGAUAAACAUUUUUACGUUGACAUCAAAUUAUAAUAUUAUGGCAAAUAUUCAUAUUAAAGCUCGAAAAUCACCUUAUUCUGAUACGCAAAAUACUCAAAGAUUUCCUGUACCCGAUGAAAAAGUUCCGUGGAAUGUUGAUUGGUCUGAUUACAAGCCAACAGAAUAUACGUCACCCAUUGUUUUAAAAAACCCACCAUGGGCAGAUGAUUGUGACGCAAAAAAAAUUAAAAAGUUCAAUCAAGUCGAUGGACAAGUUGAUCGAACAAGCUAUACUGGUAGCUACGAAGUCGACGGAGAAACAAAUCGACCCAAAAAUCCUCAAGGCCGUACUGGAUUAUCCGGCCGUGGUUUACUUGGUCGUUGGGGGCCCAAUCAUGCUGGUGAUCCACUUGUAACACGCUGGGCUAAAGAUCAGCAUAAUGAUAAACAAAAAGUUCUAGAAAUUGUUCUUAUUCGUAGAAAAGAUACUGGUGAAUCAGCUCUACCAGGUGGUAUGGUUGAUGCUGGUGAGCAUGUAUCCGUUGCAAUCAAACGAGAAUUUAUCGAAGAAGCUAUGAAUUCUAAUGCUGAUGGUGCUCAGUUAAUCGAUGAGUUAUUUAAAACAGCCACUUCAGUUUAUAAAGGUUAUAUCGAUGAUCCGAGAAACACAGAUAAUGCUUGGAUGGAAUCCGAAGCUAUGAACAUGCACGAUGAGACUGGAGAGCUAACAAAAUAUUUAAAACUCGAAGCUGGGGAUGAUGCAGCAAAAGUAAAAUGGGUUCGUCUUGAUUGUGAUCAUAGAUUAUAUGCGUCUCAUGAAAAACUGAUUCAAGCAGUUGUUACAAAAUUAGGAGCAUAUGAAUAUUGGCAUGGCGAUGGAAGUGCAACAAAACUUAAUUAA